AUGCCUUCGUUGGAAGGGUUCUCGAACAACCCUUUCAAGACCCACGCCGACUUUAAGAAGGCAGCGAUAGCUCUCCUCCGCGCAUUGAAACCGUAUCAAUCGCCCCACGGUGCCCGAAUCAAACUCCCGUUGGUGACCGGUACUCAUUUCGACGAUGUCGCAGCCCAGCUCGAAGGCUAUGCGCGGCCACUAUGGGCCGUCGGCACGCUCAUGCACUCAAACAUCGUCUCCGCAGACGAGUACAACGAGCUCAUCAAACCCUACGCCACGGGUCUAGCCAACGGAACCGAUCCAACCCAUGCCGAAUACUGGGGUCCAGUCGUACUGCGAGACCAAAGAAUGGUCGAGAUGGAAAUCAUUUCGUUCGCACUACUAGCAGCGCCAGACACCAUGUUCCAUUCGCAGACCGAAAAAGCGAAGAGAAACAUCACGGCGUGGCUAGGGACCAUCAAUGGAAAGGACUUUCCUACCACGAAUUGGCUCUGGUUCCGCGUCAUGACUAACCUAGCGCUGAUCAAAGUAUGUGGCGCACCCAAGGAUAUCGCACUCGGUGCCAUGAAGGCGGAUCUGGAUCUCAUGGAGCAAUUCUACCUAGGUGAGGGUUGGUCAGCCGAUGGAAUAUGGAGUGAUGAGGGACGGCAGGCGGACUACUAUUCUGGAAGCUUUGCUAUACAGUUUUCUCAGCUCAUAUAUGUGAAGAUGGCAAGUGACUUGGAUCCUGAGCGAUGCACAAGGUUUCGGGGCCGAGCAAAGGAGUUCGCCAAGUCGUUUUGGCGAUAUUUUGAUACUAAUGGUGCUGCAAUACCUUUUGGCCGAAGUCUGACAUAUCGAUUCGCAUUCGCUGGGUUCUGGUCAGCCGCGGCUUUUGCAGAGUUGGAACUACCAGUACCGCCAAUAAGAGCAUGGUGUGACGUCAAAGGUCUUCUCCUCCGGCACUUUCGAUGGUGGAGCACUAAAGAUGACAUGUUUAACAUGGACGGUACCUUGACAAUCGGCUUUACCUACCCAAACAUGUAUAUGAGCGAAGACUACAACAGCCCACAGUCUCCAUAUUGGGCUCUGAAGUCAUUCCUGGCACUGGGAUUGCCAGAAGACCAUCCGUUCUGGACUUCGAAGGAGAGACGCUUGCCCUAUGGUGGUCCGUGGAAUAUCAUGCCGAUCAAACCGCCAAUGCAUAUCCUCUGCAGUCAGCCAAACCACCACUUCCUCCUCUCGGCGGGACAGUUCUGUCCCUGGCCCCUCAAAGCGACGGAAGCAAAAUAUGGAAAAUAUGCAUACUCUUCGCACUUUGGCUUCAGCGUGCCUACUGGUUCGUUGAUACAACAAAUCGCACCAGACAGCACCCUCGCACUGAGUAAAGACGACGGCGAGACCUGGCGAGUACCGUGGAAAGUUACAAAUCAUGGCUUCGUUGAUGUGUCUAUAGAACGCAAGCUCACGUCCUGGUCGAGGAGAACAUGCCUUACGAGUAUAUGGAAGCCUUGGGCCGAUGCGGACAUUUCUGUAUCAACUCACAUCAUUCCACCUUGUGAACAAUGGCCAGACUGGUACUUCCGCUGGCACCGCAUUACCAACAACGGAUCUAGUGCGGUAAAAAUACACGCCGUGCAAGGCGGCUUUGCAAUCCAAGGCCGCGGCCACCAGCACGGUGAAGUUUUGCCCACCCACGCGCACGUCUCUGACCUCUCUUCUUGCUCAUCCACUCACAACGGCCAGCCUUUCCCCGAAGGCAUGAUAACGACUCAGGACUCUGCACUCAUCUGUUCCAAUGCGGGCGCUAGCGGUAUCGCUAUCCUUGGUUCUCGCAUCCACGACGAAGGCCUGCUUGCGAACUCACAAGCCGAAAUACUGAAACCAGACGCGAAUACGAAUCUAGUCUGGCAGCGUACUCUCAUACCCGUCAUCAAGAGCGAGCUGGUUGUCCCUCCAAGUACCGCAGGGAAACCAUGUUAUGAGUUUGGCAGUGCGGUUUUCGCGCUAGCUAGAACGGCGGAUAGAGAGGAGCAGUACGCGAGACUGGAUAUCAGUAAGCUGUGGACAGAAGCACCGAAUUUGAAUAUUGGAACGGAGAAGAAUGACUACAAAGACAAAGAGUGGUAUCUUCAAUUCAUGUAA